AUGUUAUUAACCUCAAAUCCUAACCAUCACGAUAACGAACCUGGUAAUAAUACUAAAAAUACCGUUGCUAUACCUAACAAUAAUUCACUUAACAAAGAUAACACUGAUUUUAUUAAUAAUAACGCAAAUUACACUUCAGCAUCUUUAUUUCAUUGCAUUAAUAAUAAUAAUCUACUUCAAAGCCAACAACAACAUCAAACUAAUCAUAAUAACAUUUAUAAUACUAAAUAUUCAAUAUUAUUCCAAAAUAUCUAUAAUGAUAAAACUCUUCAAAACAUGAUUGAUGAAACAUCAUCAUCACAAAAUAACAAUAAUAAUCAUGAUUUACACACAGUCCGAAAUCAUCAAAAUAACAAUAAUCCCCAAUCACAAAAUGAAGAACUCGAUGAUCAUCAAAAAAUCAUAAAGCAAGAAAGCGUACAACAACAAAAACAGAAUAUACCAUCUGUUAGAUCAAUAGAAUAUCAAAAGCUUAUUCAAGAAUUAUUACACUCACCACUAGAACAGCAAACAUCGGAAUCGCCAUUACCGCUAGAAAAAUUAUCAUCGGAACCACAUAAAGAGCAUCAAACUCUGCCAGACCUUGAAUUUGAUAAAAACCAUAAAUCAAAAUUAAAUUCGCCUCCAUCCAAAACUAACUCAUCAUCUUCAUCAGCCUCUAGAUUAAAUUCACCCUCAUCCAAAACACCGCAAACACCACAAACUAACUCAUCAUUAACACCCUCAUCUUCCACGACCUCAAUUAAUAACAAUACAGUAGAUCAAUCCCAUAGUCUAUUAGAAAAUCUAACAUUGCUUAGAGUUUUCUUUUCGAUUUGUAAUCACUUAAACACCAAAUUUGUUUUAAUUUCACGUAAGAAAAGAAAAAGAAUGUUUAGCUCUUUAUUACGUGUACCAAUACUUAAACGCACAUUUGGUGCAUUUAAAGCUACCAAGGAAUCAGCAGACGAAUUGGUGGCAGAAAUGGCUAUAGGUGAAUUUAUAAGACAAAUGCCUGAAAUGGUAGCACAGGUUUUGAAAGACAAUGGAUUAUCUGAUUGUUUGGUGUUAGAAGAAAAUGAAGACACUUCUUCAGGAAUUGUUGUUAAAGAACAACAAUCUGAUUCAUCGUUAGAUGAUGUUGGUAUUAUUGAUCAGGACGAUAGUAGUAGUGGUGUGGAUGAGAAGAAUGUACUUGAGGAUACACACGAUGAAAACGAAGAGGGAGGGGAGUUUUCUAAAAAGACCAAUUUAGAAAUUAUACAUGAGAUUGAAAAUGAUGAUGAAAAUAAUGAAAAAUAUGCAUCCAAAAAUGAUAAGAUUUCAAGUGAUCAUGAUGACGAUAGUACAUUAAUAAAAAAAUAA